AUGAAGUUUGCUACUACUCUCCUACCGCUUGCGGUUAUCUCUACAGCCUUCGUCAUCCCAGACGAAGAGCUCACCAACCAGAUUCUCAUCGAGUCUUCCAAGAAACCUCAGACUUUCCUUGACAGAGUCUCUGGAAACAUCGAUUCCGUCUGGUCCGGCGUCGAAGAGACAUUCAAAGACGCCGUUGCAUUCUCCGAGAAUGCCAUCGACAAUGCCAUUAACGUUGCGUCGGAGAUCACUGAGAAUGCAAAGACGACUUUCGAGUGUCAUCACUCGAUGACGAAGUUCGAUGCUCAAGCAUGGAUUGACUCUGCCGUAUCCUCUGUUGAGGACAUAGAUAUCUUCGACCAUCCUCAUCACAGACCUCCUCCUCAUCAUGGCCCACCACACCACAAGCCACCGCACCACAGACAUGGCCACCACCCCCCAAACAAGACCGUCUACGAGCUCAUUGCAAGCAGCAAGUACACCACCAAACUCGCCAAGCUCAUCAACGAGUAUCCAGACCUGGUCAAGACGUUGAACGGCACAGCAGCAAACUACACGGUCUUUGCACCAACCGACAAGGCGUUCGAGAAGUUGCCCAAGGGACACAAGAAGCCCUCCAAGGAGCUCAUCAAGAAAGUCCUAGCAUAUCACGUCUCUCCAGACUUCUACCCUGCUGGCAGAGUCCUGGUCACACAUACCAUCCCUACUGCACUUGGUGAAGAUUCCCUCGGAGGCAACCCGCAGAGACUCCGCGUGGGAAUUAACCUCUUCCAUGGCCUCAGUGUCAACUUCUACAGCCGCAUCGUAGCCGUCAACAUCUUCGGCACCAACGGCGUAAUCCACGGUGUCGACUCCCUCAUCCUCCCCCCACCCCCAGCCUUCAAAAUCAUCGAGCUCGUCCCGAGCGAAUUCAGCACCCUCGAGCUCGCACUCGUCAAGACCGGGCUGGGAAAAUCCCUCGCCGACGCACCCCACGAGGGCGGCACCCUCUUCGCGCCAUCGAACUGGGCCUUCAAGAAACUCGGGCCUCGAAUCAACGGCUUCCUGUUCUCCAAGUACGGCGAGAAGUAUUUGAAGGCGUUGCUGAAAUACCAUAUUGUUGCGAACCAGACGCUGUACUCGGAUGCGUUUUAUAAGGAGAAGGCUUUGGUUGGGGAGGCGGGGGGGAGGGAUAGUGAGGGAAGGAAGGUUGGAGAGGAGGGGAUUCCGAAGGGGUAUUUCCAUGUGGAUUUGCCGACGCUGUUGGAGGAUAAGAGCUUGAGUGUGGAUGUUGCGAGGUAUGGUGGGUUUAUUACGAUUAAGAUUAAUGGGUUCUCGAGCGUGGCGGUGCAGGAUGGGAUUGCGAAGGAUGGGGUCAUUCAUGUGGUUAGCUCGGUGCUGAUUCCGCCUAAGACGCCUGGUGGGGUGCAGGAGGUGGAGGAGGAUAUGGACGUUGAGGAGUUGAAGGAGAGGUUGGAGAACUUUGUGCAGGAGUUGUAGGUGGUGAGUCUGUGUAUGAGUUGGAAGCGUUGUGGAUGGGGGAUAGAGUGAGGGGAUAUGGGAUUGAGAAGAGAAUAGACGGGCUUGUCUAGCACUCCUUAGGAUUGAGUUAUACAGAUACAAUUACAGAUCACGAACUGAACGAUGC